AUGGCCACCCCCAACGUUCUCACCUUUGACGCUGAGGGUCGGGCUGUUGACUUUGAGGUCUGGGUAGAUGAUCUGCAGCUUUUCCUACAGUGUAAUAGGGCAGACGGUCUCUCUCUGUUUGACCUCAGCUCUGGUGCCUCUCCUGCCCCUACUGCUGAUGCUGACGCCACUGUUCGCUCACAGUGGGCCACGCGCGAUGCUGCUGUACGCCGCCACUUACCGACCACUAAGCGCGCGCAUUUUAGUCAGUACAAGAGUGCUAAGACCUUUCGGUCGGCGCGACGUCUGCCCCUAGCGGGAGACGCCGCUCAGGUAAGGGCAAGGGGGGCAAGGGCGCUGGAGGAGCUGGCGGGGGCGGUGGAGGCGGCGGUGGAGGCGGCGGAGGGGGUGGGGGUGGCGGUGGGAGUGGUGGCGGGAGUGGGGGCACUAGUGGCGGCAGUGGAGGCGGAGGAGGCGGCGGUGGUGGCGGUGCGGGCGGAGGUGGUGGAGGUGGAGGCGGUGGUGGAGGUAGCGGCGACGGAGGUGGAGCUGGUCGGGGCGGCUCUUUGCAGAGGGUCGGCUCUGGUGGUGGUCAGCGCCAGCAGCAGCAGCAGCAGCGCACUCGUGAGACCCCUUCCCCCCAGCAGCUUCGUGAGUGGUACACUGCUCGUCAGCGGGGUGCUGGCCCCUGUACCUGUCAGGCAUAUAUGCUAUAGUCUGUGUAGGCUGUAG